CGACUAACAGUGUCCACGUUCUCAGUCCCACAGCACUUCGGUCUCCCACUCACAGAAGCGCCCAGCAACUGACCCUACACUUUACUGACAAUGCCCGAGCUACCGGAGGUGGAGGCCGCGAGAAGGGCCAUAGAAGAGCACUGCUUAGGCAAGAGGAUCAAGAAAGCCAUCAUAGCCAAUGACCCUAAAGUCAUCGACGGAGUCUCUCCCUCGGAUUUCGAGUCUGCUCUUGUGGGCAAAACCCUAAUUUCUGCUCUUCGCAAGGGCAAGAACCUCUGGUUCCUGCUCGAUUCCCCUCCUUUCCCUUCUUUUCAGUUCGGGAUGGCUGGUGCUAUAUAUAUUAAGGGGGUUGCUGUUACCAAAUAUAAGAGGUCUACUGUGAAUGACACUGAUGAGUGGCCAUCCAAAUAUUCAAAGCUAUUUAUUGAACUAGAUGAUGGUCUGGAGCUUUCUUUCACUGAUAAGAGGCGAUUUGCUAAAGUCCGCUUGCUCAAAGAUCCAGCUUCUGUGCCUCCAAUUUCUGAGCUGGGCCCUGAUGCACUAUUGGAGCCAAUGGCAGUUGAUGAAUUUUAUGAAUCCUUGCACAAGAAGAAAAUUGCAAUCAAGGCUCUGUUACUUGAUCAGAGUUUUAUCUCUGGUAUUGGCAACUGGAUUGCCGAUGAAGUGCUGUACCAAGCCAGUAUUCAUCCUCUACAAACUGCUUCCAGCUUGUCCAAAGGAAGUUGUGCAACAUUACACAAGUGCAUCAAGGAGGUAAUUGAAAAAGCAAUAGAAGUUGGGGCAGAUAGUAGUCAGUUCCCCAAUAAUUGGAUUUUUCAUUCCCGAGAAAAGAAGCCUGGGAAGGCUUUUGUUGAUGGGAAGAAAAUUGAUUUUAUCGCUGCUGGUGGUAGGACAACAGCCUAUGUACCAGAGUUGCAAAAGCUGAGUGGAGGGCAAGCUGUGAAAGCAGCAGUAAAAUCGAAAAGACAAACUCCAAAGAGAAAAAAGAGUGACCAUGAUGAUGAUGAUGAUGAUGAUGAUGAAGUUAAAGAUGAUGCCAACAAACCAGGAAGCGAGGAAGAGGAAGCUGCUAGAAAGGCUAAAUCAACAAGAGAGUUGAAGCCUAGAGGUCAUGUCAAGAAGCCUCCAACAAAACAAAUAUCCAAGGCAAGUGAUGACAAUGAUGAUGAAGAAAAUGACAAAGGUGCUGCUGCUGAUGAUGAUGACGAAAUUGAGAAUGGUGGUGCUGAUGAUGACAAUGACAAUGAUGAUGAAAAAGAUCGAAAGAAGAAACCAAGCAGAGUUUCCAAUGAUAAACAAGCCAAGGCAAAAAAGGAAUCCAACAAGAAGGUUACCAAUCAAAACAGUAGAAGGCCAAAGAAGAAAAUGAAGUAGAUUGCUUUUGAAAUGAAAGCAGUAGCUGUGUCAACCGCCAAACACAGCUCACAUUUUAGAAAGCAUAGAAAGGUGGGUGUAUCUAAAUUUUAUAACUAUCGUUAGUCGUUAAAGAUAUUGCCUUUCUGCUCUUGCCAACGGCUUCUGCAAAUGUUAUAAUCUAGUCAUGUGAUACUUGGACUAGUAUUUUCCUGAAAGAGAUCUCAGGUGAUGUAAAUAAGUAGAUUAGAUCUAAAUAGACUGGUGUGAAAGCAUCACAGUUUUCUACAUUUAUUUUCAUCUGCAUUCAUAGUCA